UUCAAAAGCUCAACUGAACUGAAAAAUAUGGUCCCGAUUUGAGUCCACUACCCUCUCUCUCUCUCUCUCUCUCUCCAAAAAACUAAUUAGAAAACCACAUUUCUCUCUCUACACCAGUGCGAUCAUGAACUUCGCGGAUCCAUCUACGGCGUUCUUGGCGGCUGCCGGCGGCCACACCGUCAAGCUCUUCGACGCCUCUGUCGAGUCCGGAGAUCCUUGCACCUUGAGCUACACUCCUUCGCCCGGUUUUCAAGUCAAUUCGCUUAAAUGGAACCACACCAAUUUGGUUGUGGCGAGCUCUGGAGACGAUAAGAAGAUCUCUUUGUGGCGGAAGAAUGGGGAGAGUAUGGGGACCAUUCCAAUGGCCGGCACCGACACUAUUGAUAACAUUGAGGAAACUAUAAUGGCCAUUAGCUUUAGCAACAAGUCAUCUCGAUACUUGUGUUCAGGGGGAAGUGGUCAAGUUGUGAGAAUAUGGGAUUUGCAGAGGAAGCGCUGUAUCAAAUGGCUGAGAGGUCAUACUGAUACAAUAACAGGUGCAAUGUACAACUGCAAAGAUGAGCACUUGGCUUCCGUCAGUCUUAGUGGGGAUGUUAUUCUUCACAGUCUCGCUUCUGGUGCAAGGGCUGCUGAAUUCAAGGAUCCAAAGAAUCAGGUGUUGAGAGUGCUUGAUUAUUCGCGGAUUAGCCGUCACCUGUUGGUGACAGCUGGUGAUGAUGGGUCAGUACAUCUGUGGGAUACAACUGGUCGCAGCCCAAAGGUUUCUUGGUUGAAGCAUCAUUCCGCGCCAACUGCCGGUAUCUGUUUCUCACCUUCAAACGACAAGGUAAUUGCUAGCGUUGGUCUGGAUAAAAAGUUGUACACUUUUGACUCCGGGAGUAGGAGACACUCAUUUUGCAUUCCUUAUGAGGCACCUUUCUCUUCACUGGCAUAUAGAGACGAUGGUUUGAUAUUAGCUGCUGGUACAAGCAGUGGACAAGUGGUAUUCUAUGAUGUCCGUGGAAAACCAGAGCCCCUCACUGUUCUCCGUGCAUUUGGCAAUUCUGAGGCUGUCACAAGUCUGUGUUGGCAAAGAAGCAAACCAGUAAUGGUAAAUGAAAACAACUGCACAGCCGAGACCGCUCUUCUUGGAGGUGGUCUUGAAGAUGCAAUACUUAUGCCUGAUCCACUCCCUUCCAUGACAGUAAUGACACCAUCCAGUGCAUCCAUGUUGAACUCGCUCAAUUCCUCUACAACAGUGGAAACGCCACUUAAAAGCACUUUGUGGGGUGGUGGAGCUUUGGCGAGAUUAAAUGCCUCUCGUACGUAUAAUUUCAAGGAUGAUAUGGAAGUGUUUUCCCCACUCAUGGAAGUACAGCCAAUUACACCAUCAGUUAGCAAGCUUUUGGAGGGACGUGAGGGAUUGAAGAAAGAUCAUCUUCUAGUUGAUAAUAAACCUUCUGCAUUGUUUCCUUCAUCCAGCAAGAGAUAUUCCCCUUCGGAGGAAGGAGGCAGCGAUCUUCAUCCAAUUUUUGACUGGAAAGCUAGUUCCACUUCCAAACAGGAUGACACCCGCUCCAUUCCACAAAUGGUAUCAACUCCAGCUGCAUCUUCCAAGAGCGAUGACUCGUCCAUCACUCCUCCAGAAGCUUGGGGUGGGGAGAGAUUAUCCGACAAACUCACUCACCAUCGCCAACCAGGCAAUUUGCCAUCUCUCUUUGCGAUGUCGUCCUCUACUAGUCUGAUGUCAGGAUCAAUGUUUUCUGGAUUGUCAACAAGCCAAACGAGUACGAACUACCUAGCAGGUUCGGGCCUGAACAUUGCGAGUUUAAACUCUCGAAAUACUUCCUCCAAUCUAGAGACUUCAUUUGGAUUCUCAGAGCAUUUCCCCUUCAAUUCCACGUCUCUUUCUUCUAAUACCGAUUCUCUGGGGCCAGCAUUAGCCCCUCGAAGAUUUUCUACUUAUGCUGAGAGGACAAGUACUCUUUCAUCCUUAAGUGAUAGAACAGCAUCUCUUCUUGUGGGUUCGCCUAAAACAAUUAAAACAGGAGCCGAAGCAAAAGAUGCACCUUGGAAUGUAUCUCAAGUGCAGAAAAUCCCAUCUAAAAAUGACACACAGGAGGGAAGCUCCUUUUCGCUUCAGCUGUUUCAACGGGCACUCGAAGAAACCCUUGCUUCCUUUCGGAAAUCCCUUCAUGAAGAUAUGAGGAACCUUCAUAUUGAAGUUUUAAGACAGUUCCAUAUGCAGGAGAUGGAAAUGUCGAGUGCAGUGAGGUUAUUUCGGCAAAAUCAAGCUGAGCUUAGGGCAGAUGUUCAGUCACUUCGUGAGGAAAUCCAGCAGCUUCGGCAAUUAGUAUAAUCACGGGCAGAGGAUUACUUUUCUUGUGUGCUUUCACUUCUCUAUUUGGUGAUCGUGGUGCCUUGAACUCUGUACCAUCACUUCUCUAUUUGGUGUGUGGAUCGUGGUGCCUUCAACUCUGUACCAUUACAAGUAUACCACGACAAGCGAGUAAAGAGGUCUAUGAAGAAAAUUGGAGACAUACCAACAAGGUUUGUUUUUUUUUUUUUUUUUUAAAAAGUUAUUAGUUACAGAUGUGGAUGAUGAAGCUCGAAUGAGGGUUUUGUGUGAAAAACAGUUGUAAAACAUUUUGUCAACUUAAGAAAUGAUGUAAUUAUCAGUUGUGUUUCUUUCUUC